GACAAAGUGAAGUGAGCAGAAUAUAUCUCUUGACGUGAAGAUAUCUAACCCAUCCUUGUGGUUAUAAAUCAUCCAGUUUCUUUUGAAUGAAAAUAAUCGUAUACUUCGAAUCAAUAAUCUUUCAACCUUAUAAAGAAGAGAUUGAGCGGUUUGCAUCGUAGUUGCAAGACUUCAGUGAGCAGAAAGAAAGAAAAAAAAAAAAAAAAAAGAUCCGUUUUUCAAUAAUUUAAACUCCGUGACACGAUAAAGGAAUCGUGUGGCUGAAACAAGGAAUCUUUGUUCUGGAAAUGACCGGCUGGCCAUUUAUCUUAAUUACAAUAGUCUUAAUGAAGACGAAAGAUCCUCAUGCGAUCAACGCCGAGGUUCCUCCCAAUAAUUUAAGUCCACAUUACAAUGAGUCUAUAGAAAUCGAGAAACGUCUCCCAGAAGAUGUAGUUCCCAAGAAAUAUGUGAUUACGAUUUCGCCUGAUUUUGAUAAAAAUGAAUUUCACGGUAACGUUCGUAUAGAUCUCGAAUUAUUAAAUAAUCGAAGUUACAUCAUUUUACACUCGAAAGAUUUGACCGUAUCGUCGAUCAAAUUGUACAUAGAAAAACCGGAGACAGAAAUUCAAAUACAAUCUAUCGUUAAGAUGAUGAAACGCGAGAUGUUGAUGAUCAAGACUCAUAGAAAUAUCUCCCAGGGACAAUACAUUUUGAAAAUGGAUUUCACCGGUAAUCUGACCCAAAAAAUGACCGGAUUUUACUUAAGCACUUACUUUGAUAAAUCGAUUAGAAAAUUAGCGGUGUCGCAAUUCGAGCCACUAUUCGCCAGAACUGCGUUCCCUUGUUUCGACGAGCCAAAUUUCAAAGCCAUUUUCGUUAUUAAUAUCAUUUUCACGAAAAUGUUUUUGUAUCAUGCACAAUCGAACAUGCCUCUUAAGAAAAUAGAGGCAAUAAAAGACGAGGAAGACAAAGCAAUCGCACAUUUCGAUCCCACGCCACCAAUGUCCACUUAUCUCGUUGGCUUUCUCGUGAGUGACUUCGAUUGCGUAGGAACCGAUAUGGAACUCUUAAAUGGAAAUGAAAUACCAAUAACUAUUUGCGUGAGGCCUAUGUUCAAGCACAAAAUAUCAUUCGCCUUGAACAUCACAGUUAGAACGAUGAAGUACUUCCUAGACACGUUUCAGAUCGAUUAUCCCCUACCAAAGCUUGAUCUCGUCGCCAUACCUGAUUUCACGGCCGGCGCGAUGGAGAAUUGGGGUUUGAUCACGUUCCGUGAAACGGAGCUGCUUCACAGCGAAAACAGCUCUUGCGUCAAUACAAGAAGCGUAAGCUUGACGAUCGCUCACGAAUUGGCCCAUAUGUGGUUCGGCAAUCUGGUCACCAUGAAAUGGUGGGACGAUCUAUGGUUGAACGAAGGAUUCGCCACUUACAUGGAGCAUCUGGCCAUUAAUUCAUUGUUCCCCGAUUGGAAUCUGAUGGAUUCCUUCCCGUUGUACACUAAAUACGUCUCUAUGAAACACGAUGUGAAACUGCGUGCUCGGCCUAUCGUGAAACGGAUCGAGGAUCCAGAGGAGAUAGAAGAGCUAUUCGAUCCUGUGACCUAUCAAAAGGCUGCAUCGGUGAUUAGGAUGCUCGAGGACGCUAUUGGCAAUGCCAGCUUGUUUUCCACUGUCGGAAAGUAUCUGAAAACCUAUCAGUUUCGUAAUGCUGAUUCUCGAGAAUUCUUCGAUAUCCUGGCGAACAAUACGCACUCCGUCAUCGAUAUCGUAGAUUUCGUCUCUCGAUGGAUGAGAUUCCCCGGAUUUCCGGUGGUCAACGUCCGCCGAAACAAAGCGGAUUUUCAACUGCUUCGACGACGCUUCGUGACGAGCAGACGAUACAAUGAAUCGAUCGAUACAGGCUGGACCAUUCCCAUUAAAUACGUGACGAGCAGACAAAAAGAUAAAAUCAAGUUGGAUUGGUUUCUCGCUAAUUACUCUUGCGUGGAAUUAUCUUUGGGAAGAUCGGUGGAUUGGAUCAAAAUGAAUCACAAUUCUAUCGGUUAUUACAUCGUGAAUUACACGGAAGAUGCUUGGGAUACGUUCAGCAAAUUGCUAUCAGAGAAUCAUUUAGCUUUGAACGCCAUAGACAGGGCGGAUCUGUUGCACGAUGCUUUUCUUUUAGCGGAAACUGAUUUGAAUUACUAUGUAGUCAUGAACCUAACUUCUUAUCUGGUGAAGGAAAACGCUUAUCAACCGUGGGUCGUUACUGUGGAAUGGUUCAACCAGAUGAACAGAUUGCUUGCAGGAACACACUUGCUUAAACGUUUCCAAUCAUACGCGAAGAAUCUAAUCGACAAUAUUUAUCGCAAAAUCAAGUGGAAUUUUCAUUUAGAGGAUUCGUUUCAAGAAAGAGAAUUUCGUGUAUUGAUAUUGAACGCAGCUUGCAGCGUGGGCCACGAGGAUUGCAUCGAGAAAGCUGGAAAAUGGUUAAAGAAUUUUCUGCAGAACGUGAAGCACGAACCAUUGCCAGUCGAUAUUCGGUCUAUCGUGUAUUCGUACGGUCUGUUUACGCGCGACGUUGGAUCGAUAUACACGAAUAUGUCGCAACUAUUGAAAAUGGAGCAAGACGUACAGGAAAAGGAACGUAUGAUGAUCGGAUUGACUGGAGUUCUGGACAAGGAUAUUCUUAAACGAUAUCUCACGCAAGCAUUGGACGAGACAUUCAUUCGUAAGCAAGAUUUUGCCACGUUGCUGAUGAAGAUUGCCUUGAAUCCCGUGGGGUUGGACGUCGCCUGGAAUUUCGUAAAGGAAAACUGGGUAAAGCUACGCGAAAAAUACAAGACGAACGACUACGUUUUAGGAAAACUUACCUGUGGAAUCUUAUCCUUGUUCAAAGAUCGUCAAAAGUUAGAGGAGGCAAGAAGAUUCUUUAUGAAAAAAGGUGAUUUAAAAAUAACCAUAAGCAUGAAGAGAAACACUAUCGAAGAUAUAGAAAACAAUAUCGAUUGGAUGGAUAUCAAUAUGCAAGUGAUCGAGCAAUGGCUGAUCUCUCGUGGAUUCAAUUAAUUUCUUUUUCUUUCCUAUCUAUGUCAAAUAUAUUUUGGAAUCUAUUUAUCGGCCAAUGUGGUCCAUCGGUUGAUAGAUUGAUGUUCCUCGAUCGGUUAAAAGAUACGAAGCAGAUAAUCUUUUCUGUAAUAAUUUCAAUUCGAUUAACAAUACGUUCUAAUGUAAAUUCGUAAACAAGAUAAUGCCUUCUAUUUAUUUUCCAAGUUGAGAUUAAAUAAUUUUCGCGAGAAAAAAAAAUCGAUUAAUCUUUUUGCUUUCUAUCUUCCAUGCAGAUAUUUAAUGUAGAUAUAUAAACAAUUUAUAUAACACUAAUUCGCAAUUCGUCAUAAAUACACUCGUAAUCAUUUUGUCACGCAAAAUUUAAAACUCGUUUAACUUUCUAUGUCUACUCGUCACGAAUAGUUCUCUGUGGCAAAAAAUAUUUGUUUUAAACAAAUAAUAGUUUACAGAGAUUUUUUUCAAAACUAUAAACAUUCUAGAAACGUAAAAUUCGUAUGUAAUAGUAACGAAUCAAAGAAAGAAAUCAAAAUUGUUAUAAUUAUUUUUCAAAGAAAUUUGCCUUGUAAUCUUCCAGAUUUAAUUUGCAAACGAUGAUAAAAUUAACGC